CAUUGAUGAGCAGGACGAUUCCGGUGAGCCGACUCACUCGACUCGUCAUCCAAAACUUCAAAACCAAACCCGUCCGAGUUGACUCGACGUCCGAAUUGCCUUCCUCCUCCCCCGUCUCGCGUAAACCCUAACCCUAAUCUUGUUCCUCAUCUCCGGUCGAUCUCUCCGCCAUGGGGAAGUCGCGAGCCAAGAAGAAUCGUUCUAACAAUCGCAGCAACAAGAGGCGUAAGCUUGGGCUAAAGCCAACGAAUCAGCGGCAGCAGCGGGCUUUGCUCCCUGGUAACCGCGUUGAGCACCAGGAGGACCCCGUUCUGUUUGGCGGCGGCGAAGAAGACUCUCCUGUUCCAGUUUCUUCUCCUGUUCCAGCUUCUUCUCCUGUUCCAGUUUCUUCCCCUGAUCAGAUCCAGCCCCUUCUCGAGUCGUACAACAAGGACCAGCUCAUCGGCUUCCUCCUCGACGCUGUUGCUGCCGAUGCGUCCUUCCUCGCGCACAUCAACGCCUUGGCGGAUCGCGUCAUCUCCCAUCGCAAGGUCUUCGUGCAUGGUCUCAGUUGGGAUUCCACUCGCGAGACCCUGCUGCAGGUCUUCGAGCCCUACGGCGAUAUUGAGGACUGCAACGUGGUUGUGGAUAAGGUAACUGGGCGCACCAAAGGCUACGGAUUUGUUCUAUUCCGCACUCGCGCCAGCGCGGUUAAGGCUCUCAAGGAGCCCGAGAAGAAGAUCAAAAACCGCAUGACCCAUUGCCAGCUCGCAUCCAUCGGACCCCCUGUUGUUGCUUGUUCCGUCGGUGACAGCUCUGGACGGAAGGUGUACAUCAGCAAUGUUCACAUCGAAGCCACGCGUGAUAGUCUCAGGGCCUUCUUCUCCCAGUUCGGGGAGAUUGAGGGGGGUCCUUUUGGUUUUGAUAUUAAUACGGGUAAAUCAAGGGGUUUCGCUAUCUUCGUCUAUAAGACCCAGGAAGGGGCGAGAAAAGCACUUGAGGAGCCGUACAAAAUGUUCGAGGGCCACCAGCUGAACUGCCGACUAGCUUUCGAACAAGGGCAGAAGGAAAAGGUACCGGUUGCUGCCAAUCCCGCAGUUUUGGCUUCGAAUCCCACUGUUCUGGCUUCAACCCCGACAAUUGCAGCUCCCUCUCUGGCUGCGACUCCGCCGUCUGUAUUGGCUGCUGUGGCAGCUGCACAGAACAUAGCGCUGUACAACCAGAACCCAGCAGCUUACCAUGCUUUGCUUGGACAAAACCCUCUAUUAGCAGCAGCUGCACCUAAUCCAGCAAUUGCUACAGCAGCUCUGAACCCCACAGCUGGAUUACUCGCAUCACAGGGUCAACAUGGAGUAGUAGGCAUUGGAAGUGGAACUCUUGCAUUUCCAGGCGUUUAUGGUUCUCAGGCAUUGGCGGGUCUGCAAGGAUUACAGUCAUAUCAAGGUGCCUUUUACGGGCAGUCAUCAUCCAUGAGGCCUAGCGGGUCUUUUGGAGGAUUUCCUUGAUGCUUAUGGUAUAUUGAUGUGGAUCCGGCAAGCUGUCCGAUGGAUUAAUGGCUGUUUAAAUCUAGUUAUUGUAUUCUCUUAAGGUAAUUCAAUAUCUUGGAAGAGCAAGGAAUAAGUAAUUGUAGCUAGGUCAUGUGUAGAGUAAGAAUUCAAAGAUGGAUUUGGCUAUAUGUGAGCUUAUUUGAUUUAAACACUUAGAUAAUUGAGUUGGGUAAUGCUCCUAUAUAGUUGACUUACUAGGUUGCUGUUUGUAUUGCUUCCAACGUAGUAUUUGAUUUUACCUAGGAGACUAUGACUUCAUUCAUUUGUUUUAAUGAUUAUUUAGUAGACUUACUAACUUAAUACUUGCGAGGCCCUAGAAUACAGCUCAUUUGAGGGGUUAGGAUGCAAAUAAUUAGGAUAAUAAAAAACUGUGAAUAUACAACUCCUAGAAAUGCAUGUGUAAAAAAGACAAUGAUAAUGUAUAUAUUAGAUAGGGGGUGUAUCUAAUUAAUUUAAUAUUAAAAUGUAAAUUAUUUUUUUAAUUUUUUAAUUUUUU